UGGGCGAGUGGUCGUGUGUUCGUGUGUUCGUGUGGUCGAGUGGUCGACACAGGUGUGUGGAUGUGCGUCCAGUGGACGGGCGUGUUCGGUUAGACAGGUGUGUUGGGCGCUAGGUAGACAGAAUAGUGUGUUCGACAAGGGGUGUUAAGCGUGAGGCAGGCAGGUGUGACAGGUGAUCAUACAGGUGUGUUUAUGUACUCAGAAUAUAGACAGAUGCGUGUGUGUGUUUUGUGGUAGGUAUAUAGAAGAAAAGUGUUAUGCAGAGAGUGUUAGGAGUGUCAUGUGUUAGGUAGACGGGUGAUUAUGAAGGUGUGCGAAGUGUAAAUUAUACAAAUAAGUAUGAUAGUCUUUGGAUAUAUAGACAUGCGCGUUGUACAGGCGUGUUAAGCGUCAUGUAUAUUGACAGGUUUGUUCAUUGUCAGAUUUCCAUGCAGGUGUUUUAUCUGCUGUAUAGGCAGGUGUGUUAGCUGUGUCCGUGCAGGCGUGUUAAGCGAGCAGGUGUAUCGGGUGGGGUGUGUAAGUGUAGAGACUGGUGGUGUGUAAGAACCCAGGUAAACCGUGGGAGGUUCGCGAUGGACUACGCUGUACUGGACACGGUGGAUGUGGUGGUGUUGGUGGUCUACUUCAUACUGGUGAUGGUGGUUGGGAUGUGGGCCUCGUGCCGGACGAAUCGCUCGACGGUGGGGGGGUAUUUUCUGGCCGGUAGGACCAUGACAUGGCUCCCGAUCGGAGCCUCGCUGAUGUCCAGUAACGUGGGGAGCGGCCUCUUCAUCGGGCUCGCGGGGUCAGGGGCCGCCGGAGGAAUCGCGAUUGGAGGGUUUGAGUGGAACGCCAGCUGGGUGCUGGUGGCCCUGGGCUGGGUGUUCGUGCCGGUGUACAUCGCCGCCGGCGUGCUCACCAUGCCGGGCUACCUGAGACGGAGGUUCGGAGGGCAGAGAAUCUCACUCUACCUGUCGGGGCUCUCGCUGGCCCUCUACGUGUUCACCAAGAUAUCGACAGACAUUUUUGCUGGAGCUAUUUUCAUUAAGGUGUCCUUGGGCUGGGACAUCUACCUGUCCACUGUGGUGCUCAUCGCUGUGACAGCAGUUUACACUAUUGCCGGAGGCUUGGCUGCUGUCAUUUACACCGAUGCACUCCAGACUGUGAUCAUGGUUGUGGGAGCAAUGAUUCUGAUGGGAAUUGGCCUGGUGAAGUUGGACGGGUACGAGGGCAUGGCGCGUAGCUACAUGGCGGCCGUGCCCAACGUCACGGUGCCAAACACCACGUGCCACCAGCCCCGGGCAGAUGCCCUCCACCUCCUCCGAGACCCCGUCCAGGGGGACCUGCCCUGGCCGGGACUCAUCUUCGGACUCACAGUGCUCGCCACGUGGAACUGGUGCACGGACCAGGUGAUUGUGCAGCGCUCUCUCUCCGCCCGCUCGCUCUCGCACGCCAAGGCUGGCUCCGUUCUCGCCGGCUUUCUCAAGGUCCUGCCCAUGUUCUUCAUCGUCUGGCCCGGGAUGAUGAGCAGAGCGAUGUUCCCUGACGAGGUUGCGUGCGUCGCUCCGGACGAGUGCCAACGAGUCUGUGGCUCCAGGGUCGGCUGCUCCAACGUCGCCUACCCCAAACUCGUGGUGGAGCUCAUGCCCACAGGCCUGCGGGGGCUGAUGAUGGCGGUGAUGGUGGCGGCACUGAUGUCAUCCCUCACGUCCAUCUUCAACUCCUCGGGCACCAUCUUCACCAUAGACGUGUGGAAGAGAUUCCGGCCACGAGCGUCAGAGAUGGAGCUUAUGGUAGUGGGGAGGCUGUUCGUGCUGCUGCUGGUGAUCAUCAGCAUUCUGUGGCUGCCGGUUGUUCAAGUGGCGAACAGUGGCCGACUUUUUGACUACAUCCAGUCGGUGACGAGUUUCCUCGCUCCUCCGAUCACCGCGAUCUUCCUCCUCGCCAUCUUCUGGCCUCGGAUGAAUGAGCCGGGCGCUUUCUGGGCUCUCAUGUGCGGCCUGGCCAUCGGGGUGUCCCGCAUGGCGCUGGAGUUCUCCUUCGCUCCCCCGGCGUGCGGCGAGGCCGACCGGCGCCCUCCCGUGCUGCGCGACAUGCACUACCUCUACUUCGCUCUGCUACUCUGCGGCCUCACGGCCCUCAUCGGGGUCAUCAUCAGCCUCGCCACGCCCGCCCCACACCCUCAGCACCUUGUCCGCCUAACUUGGUGGACUCGACACUCCAAGGACGCCGAGGGUGGCCACGACAACCUCUAUGAGGUGCCCGAUGGGACGAGCAAUUCUAAGGAGCCCGAGGAGGGUGGCCACAGCAAUCCAUGCGAGGUUCCUGACGAGACAGGCAACUGGAAGAGCCCCGAAGAGGCUGCCCAAAGCAAUUCCUGCGAGGUGUCCGAUGGAAAAGGCCUCUCCGGGGACACCCACAAGCGAACUGGAGAUCUUGAUCAAGAGACCCCAGAAAGCACAGGACCGCGAGGCUGGAAGAGAGCUCUUUUCUGGAUGUGUGGCCUCACUGGGUCUAAAUCAUCAUCGUCAUCAUCAUCGCCACCCAUCCUAACAAGCAUUGAAGAGGACUGGAAGUGGAAACAUAUCUGCAACACCAGCGCCAUGCUCCUCCUUGUUGGAAAUAUCUUCCUGUGGGGCUACUACGCCUGACCUAACUACGACACUAACGACGCACCAUCCCCGUUACCACCACCUCCUCACCAAUUCAUUAUGCAAGCCACACAGCUAUUGUCAAGGUUUCUCGCUACUCAUCCUGACCUUAAGAGACGAGUCACUGUGUAUUUUGUUGACAUCUGAAUUCUCUUGUUGUGAGCCAUCAGCAUGCGUGGAAGCAGCAUCACUAUGGGAUUCUGAACCAUCUUGUUCUGAAUCGCCAUUGUUUAUCUCUGAACUUUCAUCAUCAUUGUUUAUAAGCCACUGUUAACAUCAUCAUACCUGUGAUCGUCAUCAUCACUUUGCUGAACUAAAGGAAGAUACACAGAGACGUGAAGACGUAGAAAGAGACGUGAACAGGGGCGGUUUCUUCAUUAGGGCGAUUGGGCGACGCACCACCAAUGUCAUUCAACCACAGAGUCACGCUAGCCGUCACUGUGCCUCUGGAUAUAGUCCAAUCAGCGUCAUGUCACGUUCUGUGGAGUACCGCCUCUUUUUGGGCGAUUUCACUCCGGCUGAGAAUCGCCCCGAGUGGCCCCAUAGACUUACAUUCAAAGAUGUUUUUUUUCGAACGGGGGGCGCAGCAAUGCAUUCUCUAUGGUCCCUGGGAGGGCUCGCCCUAACGUGCUUACGUCAUCAUACGUAAGCACGUUUCAUCCAACAAUAUAAUUUGUCGCCACCUAGUGGAAUCUUUAAUAAAAGAAACUUGAGUGGAUUGUAUUAAUAGUGAGUAUAGAAACAAACAAGGAGAUGUAUUGUAAGAGUCACUUUAUAUUUCAUUAAUAUUAAAGAAGUGAAGUUGCCUUUACAUGCUUAAGCUGUUAAUUUAUCCAUUGCAUGGGUUUACCUUAUCCUUAUCAAUCAUCCAGACAUUUGCCCCCCCUGAGAGAUUUUGCAGGAGCCGCCACUGGACGUGAAGACAGGCUAGAGACAAGCAAUCACCGAACCGGGGACAUUUAUGCACAGAGUACAAUGCCAUGCUACAUGCUGCUAGUAAUAAUUCAUACCCUGACUUGCCAAGAGAAGGCAGGACAGAAAAAGUUGACUCCACCUGUUUCCGUCCGUAUGGCAUAGAGUGUUUCCCUUUCUCAUGGUUCCGUUUUUUCCGGAUGCUCCAGUUUCUUCCCACGUGUAAACACGUAUUAAUUCGCUGAUAACACCUUAAUAUAUGGAGAAGCGCAGAGCUUGGGAAAAUAUUGGCGACAACUUAUCGUGUGGCUGCCUUCCUGCUUGUCCGUGGCUCCUCCUCAUGCCUCUCGACGAGAGCGAGUAAAUACUGUGCGCUUUACAAGUUCAAAUAAUGAUUAUCAUUCAGAACUGAUCAGAAUCAGAAUGUUUAUUUAUGCUGCGGGAGGAAUCCGAUGAGCUAUGAAGCUCUUUCUCACAGAUGUCCAGUAGGGGCGGUCAGAACGUUACAACAACAAUCAUUACAAAAGCACGAUAGGAGUGCAAAGUAUAGGAAAGGUAAACAAAUAACUUUAAUACCAAUAACACUAAACUUGUUUCUGUUAUCUUACCAGGUAAAGCCCACUGAGCUAUUAGCUUCUCUUUCAGAAGCAACCCGGCCACAAAUGACAGCUCAACCAAGUGGCUUAUCAUGUGGAUAUUUAUAGCAGCAAAAUUAUUUAAAUAAUCGAACUGAUUAAUUAUUCAUUAUUAUUCGAUAACAGCGAGCUCUUGAUUUCAGGCAGGAGCUGCACGCUGAGACAAUGUAG